UAUUUUUAGGUUUUUAUUACUAUCUUUUUCCUUAUCAUAAGAGCUCUUUUGAGAGGGGGGUUACAUAAUAUUAUCUGGUAUUGAUUCUUUUGAAAUACCGAAAAUGUGUUCAACAAGUUGUACGAAGAUCAGACACAUUCUUGCGAAAUGUUCUUACAGGCCAUACUGUUUUUCUAGUGGUAUAAAAUCUCAAAAAUGGAACCUUGGCUAUUACCAGAAAAACAUGGAUUAUAUGAUCCUUCCUUUGAAAGAGAAGCGUGUGGGGUUGGUUUUGUUGUUAACAUGAAAGGAAUAACAUCGCACAAGCUUAUUGAUGAUGCAGAAACCAUAUCCAGGCGUCUUGAACAUAGAGGUGCUUGUGCUUGUGAUAAUAAUACUGGUGAUGGUGCUGGUGUGAUGACUUCUAUACCACAUCACUUUUAUAAAAUAUGUUUGAAGAAUGCAUAUAAUCUUGAUCUGCCUGAAAAGGGAGAGUAUGCAACUGGUAUUCUGUUCAUAAAAGAUACUGAGAAAGAUGGUGUGAAACUGUCAUUUCAAGAACUUGCCAAAGAAUUUCAUUUAGAGGUAUUGUGUUGGAGAGAGAUUGAAGUAGAUGAUACUAAUCUUGGUCAUGUUGCAAAAUCUUCUGAACCUGUGAUGCUUCAAGUUUUUGUGACUAGUAAAAGCAUUUCCAAAGAAGAGUUUAAACGAAAGGUUUAUUUACUUCGAAAAUAUUCCAGUUACUGCUUUCAGAAGUCUUUCAGCAGAUUCUAUAUUUGCAGUUUGUCUACAGAUAUUAUUGUUUAUAAGGGUCAAUUAACAUCAAGCCAGCUGUGGACGUACUUCAAAGAUUUACAGAAUCCUUUGUAUGAAACUUAUUUUGCUAUUGUGCAUGCACGCUUCUCAACAAAUACAUUUCCUACUUGGGAGAGAGCUCAUCCACUCAGGUAUUUGGCUCACAAUGGUGAAAUUAACACUCUUCGAGGUAAUGUAAAUCUCAUGAGAGCUCGUGAAGGCGUAAUGAAAAGUUCUAUUUAUGGGAAAGACUUGAAGAAACUAUUUCCAGUAGUUGAGCCACAGAUGUCAGACUCAGGAAGCUUAGAUAAUGUCUUAGAAUUUCUUGUAAUGGCUGGGCAGCGCUCUCUGCCGGAAGCUAUUAUUACAAUGGUACCAGAAGCAUGGCAAAAAGAUGAAUUAAUGUUGACAGAAAAGAAAUAUUUGUAUCAGUGGAGCUCCUGUGUCAUGGAACCUUGGGAUGGACCUGCUUUGGUUACUUUUUCUGAUGGUCGUUACAUUGGAGCUAUUCUAGACCGAAAUGGUUUGAGACCAUCUCGUUAUUAUUUGACCAAAGAUGAUCAAGUCAUCAUGGCUAGUGAAAUAGGAGUUUUGGAUUUACCCAAAGAAAACAUAAAAUUAAAAGGUCGUCUGAGACCUGGACGUAUGUUGCUGGUCGAUGUAAAGAAACAUGUCUUCAUGAGGGAUGAUGAAGUGAAACUGGGCAUUGCUGAGCAAAGGCCAUUAAAAAAGUGGCUUGAAGAACUUAUAACUCUUGAAAAACUGAAAUCAUGCUCACUAAGUGUCAAGCUUCAAGAAACAGCCCAUGUUGAAAGUGUGAUGAAAAGCCGACACCUUCCUCUCUUUGGAUAUACCCCGGAAGCUAUUACUUUACUUCUGAUGCCAAUGAUUCAAACUGGAAAGGAAGCUCUUGGAUCAAUGGGAAAUGAUGCUCCUCUGGCAUGCCUCUCUCAUUAUCAACCAUUACUGUAUGAUUAUUUCAAACAACUCUUUGCGCAAGUGACAAAUCCUCCUAUAGACCCAUUUAGGGAGGACAUUGUUAUUUCUUUGGCUUGCCCGAUUGGUCCUUCCUUUAACAUUUUGGAGCCAAGUGCAAUGCAGUGCCAGAGGCUGUGGCUUGAUCAUCCAAUUUUGACACUGUCUGAUAUGGCAGCUAUUAAAAAUACAAAUUACCGAGGAUGGAAGACCAAGGUAAUAGAUAUUGUAUAUCCAAAAGAGAAUGGAUGCAAAGGUUUAGUUCACGCUAUUGAUAAAAUCUGCACAGAGGCUGGUGAUGCAGCUGAUAAUGGUUAUAGUCUUGUGAUACUAUCAGACAGAAAUGCUAGCAAAGAGAAUGUACCUAUAAGUGCUCUUCUAGCUUUGGGAGCUGUGCACCAUCAUCUCAUUAAUGAACGCAAGCGCCUAAAAGUGGGUCUUAUUGUUGAAACUGGGGAAGCAAGAGAAGUUCAUCAAAUGUGUGUUCUUCUUGGAUAUGGUGCUGAUGCUGUGUGCCCAUAUCUAGCAUUUGAAAUUGCACUGUGCUUGAAUAGGGAAGGCUUACUUAUUCCUAAAAUGAAAGAAGAGGAAAUUGAAACUAAUUACAUUAAAGCUAUGGCAACUGGAAUCUCUAAGGUCAUGACUAAGAUGGGAAUAUCCACACUUCAAAGCUAUAAAGGUGCUCAAAUAUUUGAAGCUUUAGGUUUAGCUAAUGAAGUUGUUGAAAAAUGUUUUAAGAAUACUCCAUCAAGAAUUGGUGGUGCAAACUUUGAAGUAAUUGCUUUGGAAGCUCUUGAGAGACACAGUAUAGCUUUCACUGCUAGAAAUGGUGAUAGUCACAUAUUAAGAAAUCCUGGUUUCUAUCAUUGGAGAAGUGGUGGAGAAGCUCAUGUGAAUGAUCCUUUAAGUAUUGCGAACUUACAAGAAGCUGUCAAAGUUAAUUCUCAAAAAUCGUAUGAUCGAUUUGUGGAAAGUACAAUACGCAGUAUUAGAGACUGUACGCUCAGAGGACAAUUGGAAUUGAAGUUUCAUCCAGAUCCUAUUCCUUUAUGUGAGGUUGAAUCUGCAGAUAAGAUUGUUAAACGAUUUGUGACUGGAGCAAUGAGUUUAGGCAGCAUAUCUAUUGAAACCCAUGAAACUUUAGCCAUAGCUAUGAACCGCAUUGGUGGAAAAUCUAAUACAGGAGAGGGUGGAGAAAGCUCUGAUCGCUUCCAUUGUUCUGAUAGCUCAAAUAAUAAAAGAUCUGCUAUUAAGCAGGUUGCUUCAGGAAGAUUUGGGGUAACUAUUGGCUAUUUAGCAAAUGCAGAUGAACUCCAAAUCAAAAUGGCUCAAGGAGCAAAACCAGGAGAAGGUGGAGAACUUCCAGGACAUAAAGUAACUGUUGAGAUUGCAGCUACACGACAUUCUACACCUGGAGUAGGUCUUAUCAGUCCUCCUCCACAUCAUGAUAUAUAUUCCAUUGAAGAUUUAUCUGAAUUGAUCUAUGACUUGAAAUGUGCCAAUCCUUCUGCUCGAAUUUCUGUUAAACUUGUGUCAGAAGUAGGAGUAGGAAUUGUCUCUUCAGGUGUUGCCAAGGGUAAAGCUGAACAUAUUACAAUAUCUGGUCAUGAUGGAGGGACAGGAGCAAGUAGUUGGACUGGCAUUAAAGGUGCUGGUCUGCCAUGGGAAUUAGGAAUUGCAGAGACUCAUCAAACACUUGUUUUGAAUGAUCUUCGUUCUAGAGUUGUGCUUCAGGCAGAUGGACAGCUAAGAACAGGAUUUGAUGUGGUGGUAGCUGCACUAUUAGGAGCUGAUGAAUUUGGCUUUUCAACAACACCUUUAAUUGCUCUUGGAUGUACAAUGAUGCGAAAGUGCCACUUAAAUACUUGUCCAGUUGGAAUUGCAACUCAGGAUCCCGAAUUGCGGAAAAAGUUUGCUGGCUUACCUGAACAUGUAACCAGUUAUUUCUUUUUUUUAGCUGAAGAGGUAAGAAAAUACAUGUCUAAACUCCAUAUACGUAACUUUCAAGAUCUUGUGGGUAGGACAGAUCUUCUGGUUGUUCGGGAUAAUAAGGAACACAAGAAAGCAUCUUUGUUAGACUUUUCUUCUCUUCUGAAAAUGGCAUCACCUCUUAGGAAACCAUCAGCACCAAUUAUAGGAGGAAGUAUAUCUCAAGAUUUUGAACUGGAUAAGAGACUAGAUGACAAAAUGAUUGAAAAGUAUCUCGAGGUUUGGGAUGAUUCAGUAAAGAAUGAGAAAAAGAAACACUUUUCAAUGACAAUAAAUAUUGCCAACCAGGAUCGCACCUUUGGUACUACUCUAAGUUAUCACAUUGCAAAGCAGUUUGGUGAUGCAGGUCUUCCUGAUAAGUCAAUUGAAGUGUUUGUGAAAGGAUCAGCUGGGCAGAGUUUCUGUGCUUUCCUUGUAAAAGGAGUAACUGUUUGCUUAGAAGGUGAUGCAAAUGAUUAUGUUGGGAAGGGUCUUACUGGUGGCGAAAUUAUACUGUAUCCUCCAAAAGAUAUGCCUUCAGAUUUCCGAUCAGAACUUAAUGUGAUUGCUGGCAAUGCUUGUUUGUAUGGAGCAACAUCUGGAAAAGCAUUUUUCAGGGGUAUUGUAGCUGAAAGGUUUGCUGUAAGAAAUUCAGGAGCUAUAGCAAUCAAUGAAGGUGUUGGAGACCAUGGGUGUGAGUAUAUGACAGGAGGUUAUGUUAUUGUACUGGGUCUGACUGGACGUAAUUUUGCUGCUGGUAUGUCAGGAGGUAUUGCAUAUGUUUUGAACAGAGAUGGGCAGUUUGCCUCCAAAUGCAACACAUCUUCUGUAGAUCUUUUGCCAGUAACUCUUGAUGAAGAUCUGAAAUUUUUAGAGGAAUACAUUAUUGAAUUCAAAGAAAGAACAGGAUCAGAGGUGGCAAAGUCUCUUCUAGAUACCUGGCCUGAAUCAGCAAGAUUGUUUGUGAAGGUGUUUCCUAAAGAUUAUCAAAGGGUCCUUAAAUUAUCUAGCUUGAAGAAGGAGACAUCUGAAUCCUCAAAAUCAAAAGUUUUGCAAAAAAAUUCAGAACUGAAACUAAUAACUGACAUUGAAGAUAUUCUGAGACAAGAAGGUGGGAAACUAGAUAAAACUAGAGGUUUUAUUAAGUACAAGCGCAUUUCAUCCUAUUAUCGAGCUCCUGAAGAACGAAUUAAGGAUUUUGGGGAAAUUUAUGACCAUGCAACAGUACGUAAGAGCCUCAAAGUUCAAGCUGCUCGAUGCAUGGACUGUGGCGUUCCUUUCUGCCAAUCUAACAGUGGAUGUCCUUUGGGCAAUAUUAUUCCAAAAUGGAAUGAUUUAGUUUAUCAGGGUGACUGGAAAGAAGCCUUAGAGCAACUGUUGCUCACAAACAAUUUUCCUGAGUUUACAGGAAGAGUAUGCCCUGCCCCUUGUGAAUCAGCAUGUGUCUUAGCACUGAUAGAACCACCAGUUACCAUCAAGAACAUAGAAUGUGCUAUUAUAGAAAAAGCAUUUGAAGAAGGCUGGAUGAAACCUAAUCCACCAUGUGUUAGAUCAGGUUUCUCAGUUGCUAUAGUUGGGAGUGGCCCUGCUGGUCUGGCUGCUGCAUCUCAACUCAAUAAAGCUGGACAUUUUGUUAAAGUGUAUGAAAAAAGUCGUCAGAUUGGAGGUCUCUUGAGAUAUGGGAUUCCCAGCAUGAAGCUUAGCAGAGAUGUGAUUGAACGACGACUGGAGUUAAUGAAAAGUGAAGGUAUUGUUUUUCUUCCUAAUCAUGAGGUUGGUAAAGAUGUAAGCUUGGAAGACCUACUUUCACAUCAUGCUGUACUGCUUGCUGUAGGUUCUACUCGACCUCGAGAUUUACCACUAGUAGGUCGCAAUUUGAAAGGUAUACAUUUUGCUAUGGAUUAUUUAGAGGAAAGUCAGCUGCAUCAAGAAGAAUAUGGCUGUCCUGCUGGAAAGGCCUGUAACAAAAAUGUAGUAGUUAUUGGUGGUGGUGAUACAGGUGUUGAUUGCAUUGCCACUGCUUUGAGAGAGAAUGCUAAAAAUAUUACUACAUUAGAACUUCUUUCCAAACCUCCUGAUACUAGGCCACCUGUAAAUGUAUGGCCUCAGCUAUCUCGAGCAUUUAAAAUAGAAUAUGGACACAGUGACAUCAAAGCAAAAUUUGGGAAAGACCCUAGGUGCUAUAACGUUAUGCCAAAGGAGUUUUUGGAUGAUGGAAAAGGAAAUGUGUGUGGCAUUCGUGUUAGUAAGAUUCAUUGGAGAAAGAAUGCUGCUGGCCGCUGGGAAGCCCAAGAGUUAACAACAUGUGACAAAAUUAUUAAGGCUGAUCUAAUCCUGCUUGCUUUAGGAUUUCUUGGUCCUGAACAUGACUUGCUUAACAAAAUAAAUGUUAAAUUAAACUUGAGGUCUAAUAUAGAAACACCCAAAGGUCAAUACUGUACUUCCAUUCCUCGAGUUUAUGCUGCAGGAGAUUGCCGUAUGGGUCAGUCAUUAGUUGUAAAUGCAAUUGCAGAAGGGCGUCAAGCUGCCCGACAAAUUGAUGAAGAUCUAAUGAGUGCAUCAUUCUUAGCAGGUCCUGGUGGUGUGGUGUCUCAUCUACUGACGUCUGAAUAGAGAAAUUUUAUACCGAUUUUUCAUGUUAUUAUAUUCAGAUUAUGUUAAUCAUACACAUUUUUCAUCUCUAAUGUAGUUUUAUUAUGCUUUAAUUUUAAUAAUAAAAUUAAUAAAAAUAACUAUCUCAAAGAGAAA